CUGUUGUUUGCUUAGCUGACAGGUACACGCUUAUCUAAUAAGAUUACGACUUGAUAUAGAGGCUUAUGUCAUUAGGAGAUGAAAUUUGAACUUGUUCUGAAAGUUAUUCUCUUUGGAACAUUUAGUAAUAAAUACAGUUAUUCUGAAGCAACAGUUUGUUGUCAUAUUAAUUUUCACUUUUUGUGAGGAAGAGAAUGUCCUGCUACAAAGUUGCUGUCAGUCGGAUAAUUAGUUUGGCAGCUUGCAUUCAAUGAUCUCAGCCUCAAAUUACCAGUUACCAUCUUUCCAGUCGGCCACAGUUUUGACCGUCGCUGAACUCCUGAACCCAAGCCAGAAGUUAUUGUACAGUAUUUACUUUGAGAAGCUGUGAUUCUUUGGUUAUCGGAGCAGUAAAAUGCAGAGAUCGAAAAGGGAAACAGCAGUAAAGACUACAAACACCUGUUAUCAUCGUAAGAGUCACCUUUGAAUGUCAUACUCUGAAGUUGUCAUCAUUUGUGCCAGUAAAACAGAGAUAUGUGUUAAAGGACAUAACAAAUAUCUCAGACAUACGUAUGUUUAAUGAUAAUCUCUCAAUAAAAGAGGGGUUUUCUUUUUGGUUUAUGGUGGUGUACAGAAGGAAUCUCGUUACUAGAAGUGACUUUUAUAGCUAUUGAGUUUUUUCCUCAUUUCCAUUUCCUCAUUAUAAAAAGCAUAUACAACUAGUUCUUGUUCCAUUAAUAUUAGUAUUUCAACCAAAUAUUUAAAAAAGUAUUCACGUAAAAAAGUCUAUUGAAUUAUAUUAAUUCUAAUUUAAGUUUUUUUAAUCCUGGUAUUAUUAAGUAACCUAUCUCAGGUAAAAUCCCAUAUUUGGUCAGAAAGAAAAUCUGUGAUGGUGUUUAUCCUGAUAAGAUGUGCCUGGAACAUAGUAAUGGUGUUUGUUAUCAUAGAUUCAGUUUAUUGCAGAUGUUAUCAUAUCAGCAAUGUUCUGUUGCCAAGAGACAUUAUCAGUUAUCAAAGUUAUCAGGAGCCAAGCUGCCAAAUAAGUUACAUUUUAACCAGCCUUAACUUUGCUGUAUAUUUGACAUACUGUUCAUAUCUCCUGUGGUGAUGAUUGAUACCGCUUGAUUAUUAGACCCUACAAUAGAAGUAAAACCAUUUACUGUGCACAACUUGAUUCUGCAGCUUUUAUCUAUCGAUACUUAUCAGUGCAGCAUUAAGCAGUUGGAAAAAAACUAUUGUUUUUAACACCCGACACAUUGCAGUAUACAGCAGGGUUUAACUCUGUCUGACGCACUCGCUUUAUUUUUCCAUCUUACAUAACAGCGCGUUAAAUUCUCUUUAAUUUGACACGGUUUCGGGGGAUAUCGUUCUUGCUGUGGAGCUGCGUUAGUCAAUGAAGGAACAGACUGGUCUUGAUUUAUUUACGAUAGUGAGGGUAUGUCAUUAUGAUUCUGAGGAUGAAGAACAAGGGGUGAAGAAACUUUGGAUUCGGACUGCAGCUCAAUACUUUGAACAUGUUCUUAGACUUGAAGUUGUACUUGGAGAUGCUCAGGUGAGUUAUUAUUCACUGCAUUCGGUGUACACAGUGUCAUGAGUAAUGCCUGCUGGCAGGGCUUAUUUAAAGGUGUAACAGUGUUUGUCAUAAUGACACAGCAAUACGUUUUCGCUUCAUGCUUUUCUUCACUAACCACAGAGUUACAUAUCUUGAUCUUGUUCACCUUAUCUAUUCAUGUAAAAAAUGUAUCUGCAGUUCAGAUGUAAAAUUAUACACAUGAUUGGCAUUUCCUUGGGCAAGAGAAAAAUCUGAAUGUAAGUGCCAAUGUCUUUUUUGCCAGAGGCAAUGUGUUCACUCACGCCAUGCAUCUGUCUGCGCCAGCUCAACUGUUUACCUGACAAACAGAGUCUUUAAGCAGAACACUUUGUUCCUGAACCUGCCCUUCUCAAGAGGGAAUCACAGACACGGAUCAUGUGGCUUUCGUGGAUAAGCUUUCUCGCAGGAUUUAAACAUUGCUUUCAAACGUGUGCCCUUUACGUUUUUUUCAUGCAGAAACACAAACGCACUCAUUCAUUCACACAUGUGCUUGCAGUCUAAUCCUGUCAGUUGAAGCAAGAAAGCUGACUUGCUAAGCUGAGGUUUGCACAAGUUCAUAGAUUUUUUUUGAGUGCAUGCUUCGAGAGGGCCCGGCUCCUGAUGAAAGCCUGGCCGAGGUUUAUAUGACCUCACCCUGGGUGGUCAAUCCGCCGAGCAGCCAUCAUACCCAUUUGCCACUUGUUAACAGAAUGAGAGGUUCAGCAUAGCACGGCGAAGCAUGCCAGGACAUCUUUUGGGCUUGUUGAAUAUCAGUGAGAGGCAGAGGCUGUGGCCAGCAAAGUUGUUAUGUAAAUGAUUCGAGGGUCACAGAAAUGUGCUCAGAGAGUGCUCAGAGAGUUUGACGUUUGAGGCAGAGACCUGUCAUGAAACCAGAGAAAAUGGCACUCUUCCACACCUUCACCUCAGGCAGUCAGUCUGUACUUAUCAGUCACUAAACACCAUCACAUGGCAGGGUGAAGAGGGGUGAAGAGCCUGCAGCGAUCACACAGGACUUCAGGUCUUUGACCAGUCAGUCAGUAAGCAGUCAAAAUACAAAGGGAAAAGAACUUAACGGCAGCACAAACGAUGUCACAAAGUGUCAAAGACCUCAUAAAAGAGUUUUUCUCUGCAGCAGUAACCAAUGUGACCACAUGACAGGGCUGAAGAAGAGUUUGCACCCUUCAGCCUGCAGAGCUCCCUCCAGGUUUAUAGACAAGACAAAAAAAAUGCAUUUAGUAGAGUGCAGAUCUCCGCCAGGUGUGUCCGCAACAGCCACUGUUGUAAUGUUUGAUUGAAUGAAUACAAACCUCAAUCAUCGAACCCUAGACUGCAAACAUGUCAGGUAUGUUUUUUCCUCGCACGUCUUACGCAACAGAUCCGCUCUCAUUUUAAUCCAUACAGCUGCCUGAACCGGCUCUGUGCUGGUUUGCGUGCCAACUGCAUCUCACAGGUGUAACCACGACCUGAGGUGUUUUACGCGUCAAGUCUAUUUCUCCGAUCUUACAUGCGUACACACAAGAUUAGAGUCAGCGCUCGGUCCAAUUUGUCAUUUGCUAAGCGGUAGUUACACAUACAUAAAUACACAGAUGCAAUUGACUUAUCUAGCCGGGAAAAUGAAUGGAGGAACAAUAAUUAAUCCGUAUGGAAGCAAGAGUCCAAACUGAAGCAGUUAUUGAUAACUUAUGGCCCCUUAUGGCCCCUGGUUAAGAGUAGUGAGGAGUCAACAGUCAUUGAGGGAGUAACACAAUAAAACAAAAAAUGUGAAUCACCGCAACCAAGGGAGUGCCUUGAGCAUACACUUAUAAAUGAACACAAAAAAAUGAUGCUGGUUGGUCUAGCAGUAUGUGAGAUUAGCUGUGGACAGACGGACAGAAACAGAGAUGGACACGCACAGACACGACUGAAUACAUAAUCUUCUGGAGGAGACAAUAACAAGUGUCGGCAAGAAGUUGCAUGGCUGAAAUUUAUUUCCGGAUUGGAGGCGAGGUUCACGUCAUGUCACCUGUUUGUGCGUUGUAUGAUAAAUUGUUAGUGAAAUGAUUCUGAUAGGGAAGUUUAUAACCUCUUUUAGGUUUGAUGUUCUGAUGUGACAUAAGUAUGUAUUCUUCUAACACUCUGUUGCCUUACAAGCCUCGGCCUCAUUACAGUGUUAAAAGUUCCUCACUUUGGCCUGAGAUGAUCUUUGGCUUGGGUCCAGUUGACUACUGAACAUGACCGAGCCCUCCCACAACGGAGUGGAGACAGGAUCCAGCUGUGCCAGAGACCCCACUGCACUUUAAAGCUUCACCCUGUGAUCAAAAUAAAACACGAAAUAGCUUUGCAAAGUCCAAGACCUACAUUUAGUGAUCCACUGUGGAGGUUAGGGGAAGUGUAUUUUCCAUGUGUAAGCCGUCCAGGAAUCCAUACAAAUGUAUAUUUAACAAUUCCCAGAAGAAAAUGAUGUCUGUGAAACCACAGGAGAUGUUUGUAACCCAGAAAAACAACUUCCAUCUCAGUCUGCAUUAUUGCUUAAUAAGUCGGUUUCAUAUUUUAGUUUUAGUACAUUACGGUCAUUCAUUUCUCUAAAAUAGAAUAUGAUCAUAAGGUUAUACCUUCUUUAUCUUGGAUAUGACUGUAGAGGGACCUGUUGAAAUAAUUUACAUGUAGGUCACACCAAUAAAAAUAUCUCCUGUCAGUCAAGGUAGAGCUGAAUACAGGGCAGUUCUGCCUGCACAGUUUUUGAGGGCAAAUAUUUGCAUAAAAGACUAGUUAUAAAAGAGACACACUUUUUGGAGAAGUUACAGCCAUCAUAGUGCACCCAGUUCCAUGCCCUUCUCUGGAUGUCCUUGUUGUGUACAAAUGCUUUCUAGACUUGCUGCGUUACUAUUGAAAAGUGGGUGUAAACAAUGUGUAUUCAGGCUUGUUCUGCAGAUAACAUUGUGACAGUAUGGAAACACAAAUCAGGUAGGGACGGGAAGACGUAAGGAUAAGGGAAACAAAACAGUGCUUCCUCUGUAUUCUCCACUGCUGUAAAAUUGGCAGACAGAUGCUAUACAAUGAAAAGCAUCUUCAGAGUAUCGGCCACACUCAUCACAAACAUACAGCACAAUUACGGCACCAUUGCCUGUGUAUUACCAUAUGUAAGAUACUACAAGCUGUAACAGUCGAAGGGAUCAGAGUGAAUCUGCACCAGUGUUGAAAUUCAAACUUCCCAUCCCUUCUACUGCUACAACGCAAUCACUAAGACAGAGAGCAGCAUGAUCUAAAGUUCUGCAUAGAUACAACACAAUGCAUUGCGAGUGAGGCUGUUUUGCCCACAUCAAAGGCUUAUACAUGAUAAAGACAUCGUUGCUGAUGACAGCACCUGUGUCCAAUUUCAUUGUUUUUGAUCCAAGCUCUUCUUUGCAACAAAAUUAAACUGUGUAACUUGGUGGACAAAUGGGUCCUACAGACGUUUGCAGAGAGUUACAUAACUUCAUGGGUUGGAGGUGGCAGGAGACACAGAUGCGGACCAUAUAACAGGGAUUAGUGGUGAGAAGGCUGUUGGGGUGGAAGAACAGAUUCAUGGCCAGGCAAGUCUUAGGAGUUAAUCCAUAACAAACAAAGGCCACAAAGGCGAGGUCUAAGCAACGUCAGGGUAGGGAGUGGGAGAGCUACAGGGAGAGGCAGCUAGAGAGAGAGAGUCAGCGAUAGACAAACGGCCAGACAGGAGGCCGUUGCAAAGACGAAACAUCGACAGGACUUGCUAAAAAUAGUGUGCUGUUGACGUUAGAUAGAGCUCUGAUAUGUAUGUAGACUGCAGACGUCUGUGGUUAAAGUCACAACCUUUUUCUAUAGUUAAAGGAAGUCAUUCUUUAGGGGGCAGCACGAAGCGAAAAGCCAUAAUACGUGUUUGAUUUACAGAUGUUUUUAUGGGUUUCCUAAAUAACACAGGCUUUAAACCACUUCUGUGUUGAAAAGAGACAGAGCAAGAGAUUGAUUCACAAUAUUAGUAAUUACUAGAUUUUCAAACACAUGUUGGUAUUUGGUGUGUUUUCCCCGCGACGCAGCCCUGUGCCUGAUUUUAUCACUGAGGGAGCAAUUUAAAGAGGGAUGUACAAUAAUGACUUUUUAAUGGACCUCUUGAGUUACAGCCUUGUUGUGUUGAGACUGCGUGAAUAGGCUGCUCUUGGUGCCAUGCCAGUCGAUUCCUGGAACCACUGUUGACUGGUUUGCAUGCAAGUGUAUUUGUAUGUAUAUGUGUGGGUGUAUGCGAGUACUCUACAGACCUCCACUAGUGGAUUCAACACUGUCUUAUUUCUAUAAAGUGGGUAUCAAGUUGUACAACAUACAUUUACCCCGAAACUUAAUUCCCAAUGCAAUUUCAUUGUAUGGGAACGUAAUCUUUUGGAGACAGUUCUGUCCAAACACCACUUCAGCAGACAGAUCAGUGUGUGUCAACUGGGAAAUCCACCGACACACCCUGUACCAUAGGUUGAUGCAACCUCUUGUGUACGGCUCUGCAUGUCUUUACCAACACCGCUACGGUUCCGUAUUCGGUUUCCCCUAGCAACACAUUAACAUAAUUUGCUAAUCAUAUUGCAGUCACAGUAACUCUUUCUGUGCACUUUACUUUGAUUGCCGCAAACGUUUCUUUCCGUGUUAAUAACCUUUUAUAUGAUGGUUAUAAGAAUCAGAGAAUCUUAUAUUCCCCGUCCCUUUGAUAGAGUUUUGUUACUUUGUUGUUUUACAAAAUACAACAGACCCAUCAGAUUUCUAACAAGUUCCAUGAAGUGUUUUUGACAGAUAAUUUAAUACUAGUAUAAUACUAAGAUAUAAUACAAGGUCUGGCAAUAUUCAAUAUUUUGUGAUCCUACUUACAAGUAUUAUUUAUCAGUAUGUUUUCAGUAUGAACAAAUGGGCAUGUGGCUGACAGAACAGGGAAAGAUAGACUAAUGGAUUGUUGAUUUUGGUCUUUUCAUGGAAAUUGUUGACAAUAACAAUUACAGCCAACCUUAUUCUUUUAGUCAUUAGAAAGGCUCCAUGGUGACCUUGACAGCAAAUAUGUUUUAUUUUUAUUAUUAAGCCCGUCAAUCUUUUAAUCAAACAACCCUGUACUCAUUGACAGCUGCAAGGGUAAGGAAUGAGUAACUUAUCUGUCUGUCCUGAAGACGUGAGAAACACUCUAUGGCAACGCACACACACACAUAUAAACACACUUACUGUACAGUAUACAGUACACAAAGGUGACCCACAGCAUUAUGAUGUUGUUGACACAUCACCACAGCAGAACCCAGCUAAGCUCCUUUGUCCUGAGAGACAGAGUGGAGAUGCAGUACGGUAUGUACCAGAGGUGGAUUAGAAAUCCAUAAGGAACUCAUAACGUUCGCCAUCCUCAACAUGUGCUGGAAAACAUCUUCAAGAAAGGAUUCACCUCUAAACGUAUUUAGUCACAAUGUGAUUAUGGAAAAAUUACCCAAAAAAUAAUUUUGACAAAAGUCAUUAAACACAUGAAAAAGAGAUCCAACAUGUAUCAUAAAAGUGCUUUGAUCAGCCAGAAUCUACUUACUGCUUACUGUGUGCAUCUUCAUAAAAUACACUAAAUAUACACCUAAUACCCUAAUAAUAAAAAACAAAAGUAAUUCAAUGGAAGUGAAAAAUAAAAGGGUCAUGCUCUGAUUGUGGUUCUAGUGUCAAGGACAUACUGGGCUCUUAGUGUUGUGGUCAUGGAGCAAAAUGUGUCCAGAAUAAUGUUGUGGUUUCUGUUUAAAUGUAUUUGUACCGAAGGCUCAGCCUUGCCACAUAAACAUGACUUUAAAAAAAACAAUGAAGAAUUCCUGGAGCAAGUACAUGCAAAAGAAGUAUGGAUUUCAGAACAAUGAAAAGAAGGAAGCAUUAUUUAAAAAAAUAAAUUCCACAAAUACUUCAAAAGAGGGAAGCAUUACCGCCCAUCCAUUAAACCCUUUCUUCUUCUUCCAUGCUUCAUGUUUGUGGAACUCUCUAAGUCCUUCCCUCUUUUAUUUUCCACAUCUCUUCCUUCUGUCAUUAUCUUUUCCUCCCUCUCUCUGUCUUUUUUCUUCUUCAUUCUUUCUCCAUCUCAGUUGUUUUUUGUCUAUGAUACUUAUGUAAGUCUGAGGGAAAUGGGGGGGGGGGGGGGGCAGUGACCCUUGGCUUGUGCCAGCGGCCUUAUCUGUUUGGCGCCUAUUUAGAUAAUACGGCAGCAUGUCAACACUUUCAUCACACACACUCCCACACACACACACACACACACACACACACACACACACACACACACACACACACACACACACACACACACACACAGCCCUGUAUUUGAGGGUGAGUUAUAGUGUCAAACAGUCAAUAUGUGAUAAUUACACAAGGCAUUAGUCAGUAAUACAGCUUGCGUCUUUCUCUUUUCAUCAGACUGCAGCUCGCACUCGACAACCUGCACCUUCAGACAGGCAACGGAAAAAAUAUGUGUAUUGUCUUCAGUAUAGUUCAUGGUGUAGAUGCAGGGAAGCUCAAAUAAUGGAGUUAUAAGAGUUGCACACCCUGUACCACCCAGGCCGAGCGGUGCACUCAAAUUUUCAUUCUGUGCUAUUUUGAAUGGCAAGGUUUGGGUUUCCCGCUCUGACUUUUUCUUACUCUGCUUGAGAAGUGAGAAUGUGGUAACCCAGCUACUACGGGCCAAGCUAAAGUUUGGCUGACGUGAGGAACAGUAGAUCUGGAGUGAAAACAAAUGUUUUUCAUGUCCAGACCAUAAAAGUUUGACUGACUUUAAACAUGUAUCCAAAAUGAAAUAGUUUGUACUAAAACUCAACAUUACAUUUUAUUUUUUUUCCCCAGCAUCGCUUAGAAGUAUACUGGCAGACUUAAUUUCAGAUUCAUUCUGAUGCUUAUUCCAUCUGUUUCUCUCUGGAUGCCUGUUCCAUAAUCCCAAGUGCUGUUGUCAGUUUUUCUCUUACCACAAUAGUCUGCGACACAAUGCAGCCAGACAGUGCUUUUGUGGAAUGGGACUGAGCCAGGCCUAUCAUUAGCCUUAUGUUAUUCUCCCUGGGCACUAUUCACAUGCAGGUUGGGUACAUGAUGUACCCUGGGUGCACACACACACACACAUACACACAGACAUAAUGACACAUGUACACAAUAGAAAGGGACUAAAGUGCAGGAAAAUUAGAAAGCACAUCAGAAAUCAUCUUUUCUCAGCUCAGAGCAGCCUUAUCAAAUAUCCAUGAGUGUGCAUACACACACACACAGCCACACAAACACUGAUGUGUUUCCCCCUGCAGGGCACAGAGCUAGUAUUAGACAUACUUUAGCAAAGGUGUUGCCACAGCCCAUUACUGAGAAGUGCUCAUAGUCUCUGGGAAAGAAAACAAUUACCUCUCAGAGCUUCUGCAGGUCAUGAGGACAUGCUUUCUAGAACACAGGAAUGGUUGCAGCACUAGGACCAAUCGCAUGUUACAUUUUUUAAGUUACUGAACAUCUGCAGUUUGGCAACAUGCUGUGCUUCUGUUUUCAGUAAACAAUUCUGAGUUCUUGGGGUGGAUGUGUAAUCUAACAGAGAAGAAGAGUAAUGUUUCCCAGACGUGACUCUCUCGUAAUGCAAUAAAAAAAUAAAUGUGUAAUUGGAUUUAAAAUGGAGUUUCUGACAUCUGCUUCCCAUCACACAAUCAUAUCCCUAAUCUAAUCUACAGUACCUGAGUGGUGUUUCAACACCCACCACCUUAACCUCACUGUCAUCCAUAAUUGCAUCAUUAAUUUGGGCUUUUGCACAACAUUGAGAGAAUAUGAAAGAAUAAACAAGUGAGAGACUUAACACAGCUCUCUAGCUGGGAGCAGAACAUUUUAGGCAACCUGCUCACACCCUGGUGCAAUAAGUUUGUUUCAUCAUUGUAUGCAAUAAGCGUCUUUGCUAAAUCAAGAAAACAUUUAUUUUUUUCUGUGGGCAGAGGCAGUGCUUGGUAGAAAUUGAAUGUAAUAGAACUGCCACUCUGAGUUACAGUUAACAGUGUACAUGCUCUAAAAAAAAAAGCCAAAUGACAGGCACAUCCAAAUGAACCAUACUCAAACUCAGACUUUAGUGUAAUGAAUAUGGUUCGUUACUGGUGCCUCCAAAUUUCCAAACUCAUUGGCUUCAAGUGUUCCUGCACAGCUGGGGAGGAGCUCAGAAAAACAGAAGAAACUGGAAAACGAAAAACAAAAUGUACCAAUUUCUUUCCGGGAUGGGCAAUGCAGUUAUCAUGGUGAGUCACCGACCAUGAACAAAUAAAGCUGUUUAUAUGGGCACUUUAUUGCAUACAACCAUGGCUCUUAAUAUCAAGUCAGUUCCCCUCCCGACAACUUUAGAGGUUUGCUGGUUUAAGGACCACUUUGGUCCCAGUUGCAGGCUGAAAAGUUGGCGCUGUUCUGCCAGGCUCUUUUUCGCCCCGUGUAUACCUUUCUGGCAGACAAAAGCCUGCGAGAGAGAAAAGAGAAAAAUAAACGUGUGUGCCAAGUUUCAGUGAUUUUUUUCUGACUGUUCCCCAGCAGAGAGAGAGAGAGAGAGAGAGAGAGAGAGAGAGAGAAGCAGAAUUAAAUGAGCGAAAAUACCAAGAUGCAUCCUGUCCAACAGCUAAUUUCUGUCUUUGUGUUGCUGUGUUUAAAGGAAGCAACACGAGUGGGCUGGGCCGGUCGUAUCUGAUCCCCUGUCAUUUUACUGUGCCAUCACAAGCAGCAAUUAGCACCAGUAACAUUAAAUGACCUCUUUCUGCAUUCCUUCCAGUAUGGUGUCAUGGAGAGCUAUGAGUCACAGAUCAUCAUUAUGUUUGCAUGCUGUGGUGUUUACACAGUCUGGGUUUAGGCUAAACAACGACCCUCUGAAAACGUGUAGAUGUUUGUGCUGUACAGCAAUAGAUGCUGGGCUCAGGAACCAACAAGGCCAAUGCCAAGAAAGUGUGGGACUCGGGGAGGAAUGUUGACGAAUGCUGAAACUCUCUUCCCCUCCCUUUCUUUGUGUAUUCCUCUCAACUGUCUCUCGCGCACUCUUGUGCAUAUACUCGUCCACACCCACACACACACACACAGAUUCAAUCCGGGCCUCCAUCCACGUCCCUGACACAAGUCUUUCAGGGGCCUGCAAUGCACACAAAGGCUUCCUAUAAGGGGAAGUGGAGCCUGCACUGCUAGAGAGAAAGAAAAGAAUGGAAUUUAUGUAACACUCGAGGUCACAACCUUUUCGGCACUUGUGAGCCGACGGUGUGGAAGUGAGCUGGGAUCAGGAGGUUUUCUUACAUCAGUAGGAGCGUCUUUUGCUGUAGAAGAGCUUGAGCUGAGCAGGGAGACAGUUGACCCCCUUUUAAACUAAAAAGUUACAGCUCGGUGCUCAGGUCACCCUAAACAAGUCAAGAAAAUAGAGUUUCUAGAGGUGCAGAUUCAAUUCCAAAGAAGCAAAUAUGCAACAAAUGAGGUAUGGUGCCAUUUUCCACAAUAUACACAAUCUUUUUAAUUUGGAGCACUAUUUAAGGAGCAGUUCCCUUAUUAUGUCCAUGAUGCUGAAGUGGUAGUUCACAUCUGCAGGAAUUUGAGAGGAAAUCAUGGUCAUCUGUGAGGAACAUGACUCUUCUCUCUCCUUCUCCUACACAUUUCCAUCCGUCAGCUCCACAUAGUGUUUUAACUGAUGAUCAUCCUCAAGCGUGUUUAGCAUAAUUUAAAUGCUCCAUUAUUUUCAGCUAAGAUUUCAAUUUAAAAAUGACUUUCCUACAUAUAUAAAACAAACAAAUAAUGACAGGGAAUGUUAUGAAAGGUCAGAAUGCUGAUGCAGUCUCGUACAUACAGUAUGUGCCUGAGGGUAAAUCCAAGUAACAUAUGGGGGAUGAGGAUCCUCUUUGGGUUGGAGCGAACGUUCUGACCCUCCAACCAUGAAUAAUUUGUGGGUCUACUGGCUGAGAGCUGAGUCCUUUUCUCACCCGAGGUUACAUUUGAAACAGACAGACACAACAGUGUGGAAGUGUUGGCAAAACACUGGCUUCAAUGCUCUUUCCAUGAUUUUAUCAGCAGAAUUAUCACUUUAAAUUAAGAUGAAUGUGUCAUUAUCUGAUCCAUUUUGUGGUUUGGUGUAUUUAUAGGACUCUAUUUGUUCACGGGCUCACUUCCUAGCCUUUUAGAGGGAGAGGAUGCUAUUGUAGCUCAUAUCAGUGGUAAAUUCACAGAAACACCCUGAUGAAAAAACAAAGUCCCUUGCUGUUAUUCUUUGACAGCUAGCAAGGGCUUGAAAUGAAAGAAUAAAAACGGAAAGACAAGCUGGAUACUUCCUCCUUUUGAUAUUCAAAUAUUUAGAAAAUCAUAUCAGAUUCAGACAAGGCAGCACUUGUCCCCGUGAGUACAAUAAUAUCUAGGCCAUUGCAUCGAAAACAGCAUCGCUAAGUGCCUCUCCUGGGGCCCGUCUUUUGAGGUGAGACUCUCAUUUGCCCUCAUGUUGGCAUCUUAACUGGCAUUUGAAUUUUAUUCGAACAGAUCAGUUUAGCCAAGGCCUGAGCACAUUGUUUAAAUGUUCACAUAGUAACUCUUCUUUGUUCAAAACAUUGCCCUGCAGUCUGAACAGUCAAUGGCACCUGCUGCCUGUCACCAACAGAAAGAGACGUGCAGUGGGACAGAUUAAAGACUUAGAUUCAGCUUAUAAUGUUGACCCCAUGAUAAGAGGCUAACGAGUUUUGCAGAUGUCCGCACUGUUGCUGCUGAACAACAUUCUACUGAACCAGCGCUAAGAUGUGUCGUCAUAUAAACACAGGUGGGGUUUUUAACCGGCAUACCUAACUAUCACUCAUCUUUAGAACACAAUGCUUAAUCAUAGUGUCCAUGGUAUCGUUGCUUCCAAAGAAAAGGCGGAACCUUCUAAAAUGGUGUUUUCACAUGACAGUGUUUCUCUGAGGCUUCCACCACAUCAUGUGCGGCAGCAACUCACUAGAUGGAACGGGCCAAAACGUUUUGCUGAUUGAGUAAACCCAAAGCCAAUAGUGAGUCAUUUUAGCAGUUAGAUUUGAGGUAUUUGCCAUAUUAAGACUAUCGCUCUUUCUCUUUUGCAAACAAACCUGCAUGCCCCCCCCACCCGCAUAUCUCAAGGUAACCAUGUUUUUUUUUAAAGUUUACCUAAAGAACUGGGAGUACAGCCAAAGCCUCCUAUCAGAGGAAACACUGGCCAACAACAGCUGUGAAAGCCCUCUCCUCCCUCCCUUUUUCUCCUCCCCCUCUUCAUUUCUCUUCCUCAUUUUUGCAUUUGCCUGUUUUGGUGUUUGGUGGCUCCCUGCUCAGUCACCAAUACAAAGCAAAGGGCUGUCCUCAGGCUGCAGAGCACAGACAGACAGUAUCUGGUGAACUGAGGAAAGGCGAUACCGUGGAUUCUUGUUAUUGCACUAAUUUGACUUUCUGCCUUUUUUUCUUUUUAUAUACAGACAGACAGCUUUGAUGGAAGAGCUGAGAGAGAAUAGAAAUCAAAAUAACAAGAGACAUUAAUGCUAAUAUUCUGUAGUCACACAAUGACACAGUGUCCUUCUCAAAUAGAGGAAAUACUGCUUCACAAUGUGGUUCGCUGUAUCUAUGUUAAAGGAAAUAUGCAUAUCUUGCAGUCAUGGGCGUGUCAGUGUGCCAAGUGUUAAUCUGCCUGAACACAGGUCAUUUAUGAGAUGUACAUAACAUAUGAUAUCUGCUCAUUCACACACAUACACAUGUCUACUUGUAAUAUGUGCUUAUACAUGGGCUGUGUUACACAAAAUUCCAUCUUUUUCAGUUUAAUAAAGCAGACUAAAUAAGAAAACAAGUUUCUGCAUGGUGUGUGUGUGUGUGUGUGUGUGAGACUGUAUAUUUCGUACUUUGCUUUCAGCACUGAAACAGACAGUUGUAUUGUUCCUAAAUGCUUUUUUAAUAUUUUUUUUAAAUAACGGGCAGCAUCACUGUGUGGUCACCCUUUCUGCGGGAAUAUAGCUCAGAGUAAACACAAGUACAGUCUCGCAAUCACUCGCCUCUGUCCGUCAGGUGGACAUAGAAUGGCACAGCAGCAAUAUCUGUGCAAGAAAGUUAUCAGACAACAAGUAUGACGAGACAGCUCUGAGACAGGAUAACUACCUCGAGACAGGGUUAGGCAGACCUGGGGAAUGCCAGUAAGAUAGGAUUUACUGCUCAGAGACUGUGUGAAAGGACAGGAAUAACAAUAACUGUUAGAGGAGGAGGCGUGCGGAGCAGACAAAGAAGAACAAAGAGGGUGUUAGAGAACUGAAAACAAAUGAGGCUGAUGACACAGACAGCAGGACAAACGUCUGUGCGCAAGGUGGCAGGCAAGAUACAAAAGUUACAUGGACAGAAAUCGGUCAUUAGCGAGAUACAUUCAGAAAUGUGCCACUCCAAUACACAAUAUUUAAAAACACAAGGAGCACAUACUGUUACUAUUACUAUUUUGAUUUGUAUAUUAUAAAGGCUGCCAGCUACCUUGCAGGCGCCACAGCGAGUUAUUGCUUCCUCUGCGGUCGGAUUAUAAUUACAGUCUCACCAAGAAAGCCCACCACGGUCAUUAAACUGGUGUGAAGAAGACAAUCAGUCCCAUAGGCUGGAAAAAACUGAUAAUGACUUGCUGUUUUUUACGGGGUGCAUGUACUUGGUGUUUGUGUGUGUGUGUGUGUGUGUGUGUGUGUGUGUGUAGGUCAGGAGUUAUCCAGUGGGUGUGAGAACCUGUGAAAUACCCGAUUUUGUUUCAGUUCUGCAAAUCCUGACAUGGUUCCUCAUAACAGCCUGCAUAGCGUAACUCAUGUUUGUUUCAUUUACAAUUCACAGGUUAAUUUACUGUAAUAAGAAAGAGGGCCAGAGGCUUUAAAUGAUAAAAAUUAAUUAGUAAUCUUCAUGAGAAUCUAUCGAGGUAAUAAUAAAUCUUACACAGAAACCAAUACACUGAAAGGUCCAAGAUCUGUGCCGUAUGAUAUGGAUCCCCAGAAAUGACGCAAUUUAAGUUUAAUCAGGCAAAUACUUAUUGUUACUAGAUUCACUGUAUGAUGGAUAGAUUUUAGAUUACAGACCGAUAAAAUGUCAAGACAGAGUUCCAACUUUGUGUCUGGCACACACCCUGGCACAUACUUGCACUUUUUUGCAAUAACUCUGCAACAACAAAGUUGAGCCUGGUACAUUUCAUGAUGCGCUGCAGUGUGCUGUGGUGUUAUUACAGGAGUUGGAGCCAACGACAACCCUGGAUCAGUACGCUGCUCUGGGGUGCAGUGACCUCCCUGACCCCUCUCAGUCACUUCCUCUUUAUAUAAGUUUCUCUGGAUAGUUUUAAUUGCUUUCCAGGGAACAUAUUUUCAAUGAAUUGUACUGCUUCACCUUGCUGUGCCGUCACGAUGUAGAGUUGAUACCAAGCUGAUGGGAAGCUUGUCCUGCAAUGCUUGGACUUUGUGACUUGGGUAUAGGUAAGGUGACAACUUACUGGCUCCCAGACACUGCUUACGUGGGCAAAUCUGUCCAUCUCCAAAACAACAGAGAGCUCUUGCGUAAUUCCCUAUGUCAAUAAGCCAGAUCUGAUUAGAGAUUUUAUGUCCAUCAUUCCAAAAAGAUCUCAAGCAUCAUAUUCUCACGUUUGAACGGACUGUUUUGAUUGAUGCCAGAGAAUGACAUUUACAGAAUUGAGUUAGCUUUUUUUUUCAUCGAUCUCACCUCCUAGCAGUGUUGAUCCUUAAAUCUCCAAGAGCAUUUCUUUCUUAAGUGUAUCUAAUCCAACAUAAAAGAGCUCAGUCCUAAGAAAAGUGUCAAGCUGGUGAAGAAUCUCUCUAUAUCAAUAUCUUAAGAAUGUAAGCAGCCGCCUGCCAAACGCUGGCAAUCUACACGUCCAGACAGAGACAAAAACAGAGUGUGUCUGCUUGUAUGCAUGUGUGUCUGUGUGUGUGCUUUGUCUUCAUAUGUCAAUCACCUCAGAUUUGUGUGCAUAUCAAAUACAUGUCCAUUUCCGUGUUACUACGUCUUGGUGCACGUUGGUUCCUUUUUGCACGCAUAUGUGGAUAUGAAUCUCUCAGUGUUGUUGGCGUCCAUGCUUGAAUGCUCACCUUAACUGGCAAUGCAGUGACUGUGUACCUGUGUGGUGCGUGCGUGCAAAACAAAUACGAGUGUUCUUUGGUUUCAUAAGUGAACUUUGGACCUCUCGGCUACACGCAGGAGGGAGGCCAAUUUAGCUACAUUGCUUACCCGAGCCUUUAAACAAUGACUGGGAUGGUAGAUCGUGUUUACUCGCUCUGCUGUGCUGCCUCGAGACCAGGAAAAUGACAACUCAAAGACACAAUUUGUCUUGUCUACUCUGACCGACUCCAAGUACAAGGGUUCCUUCAAGUGGAAGUAUUUCAUGUUUGUUUCUCGGAGGAGAGCUUGAACCUUAACUUUGCUGUCAGCCAAUCAUUUUGCUGCAAAAUCCUCAACUUUAAAGAGAAUGUUUUAUUUGUGGCCAUCAAGCUGAGGUGGAAUUAAUGCUGGCUUUAAGCGUAUUGUCAAUGGAAAUCCCUGACAGUUAGAUUUGUUUGUAUUUCAAAGCAGCGAAUAAAAUGUUCCCUAUGAGACUUGUCACAACCUCACAACAAUUUUGCAAUUAUUCAAAACCGCUUUGUUUUUGCAAAUUGCAAAGUAGUGACACAAUUAAUGUGAUUAUUCAGCAGCUACUGCAUAACAUACUUGCUUAGUUCAAACAUUUGCAUUAAUUACAAAGCAGCAUGCUCACUGUUGCUGAGACGCGUUUUCAAGGAGAAUCCCAUUAGAAAAAGGAGAGAAACUCCCAAGUAGCCUGAAAACCACACUGAUGGAAGUGGCAUCUCCAAAUGUUAAAUGAAUGCACUGUAUUGUCAAACUGUGCAUGCUAACUGCCUAUGUUUACAUUAUUCACAUCAUUGUAUUGUCUAUGUGAGCUAUCACCAAAUAUGCUGAAGUCUAGUUCUCUUCUGUUCCCUUCUCCUGGACCCUGCUGUAAGUCUACAAAUGUGUGUGUGUGUGUGUGUGUGUGUGUGUGUGUGACCAAGAAAAGAAAACUAAACAACUCAAACGGCCAAUCACUGAAGCUUAUACGACUUGCGUCUUUGUGUGAGGGGCAGGCUUUUUGGCCUUUUGAAGGCAGGAUAGGCAGGGGUUCCUGUAAACUCCCAAACAACAUCUCAGCUCAGCACUGCACAGCGCUGGAUAUCACUAUGUUCCCGGUUUAUUCGGAACAAGCAGCUUUUGAUGCUGAUCCUUCCCCUGAUUGAAUCACAUCCUUAAAUAGUGCUGUUGUGUUACACUAUACAUCCUGCUGAACUGGUAUCAUUCACACACUAAUGCAAGAGGGAAUUUGAAUUCCCUUUAAAAAAGUAGGAAGAACUUGAUUCAAGCUCUGUAACUAGCCCUUGUUAGCUACCUGCUUUUCCACUCGUAGGGAGCCCUAUAGUUUGUUGUAUAACUGUACUGUAUAUCAUCGAUUACAGAUGUUUUUCUUAAGCAUGCAUACAGUUCAUGCUGUGGUCAGGGUCGAUAAACCAUAAUAAGAAACAGUAAAUGCACCGUGUGAGGAAUACACAGCCAUGCAGUGUAAAACAUUGCUGAAGAUAAAUUAUAGAUAUGUAUAUACACUGAUGUCUACACGAAUGAAGCAUGUCAGAAAAACAAGAUUGAAUUAUUCUAUUGUAUAUUAUAAAAGAAAAAACAUUCAUCCUGGCAGCUGUGGUGAAAAAAGAUAAAGAACUACUUUUUUCACUUGGAUUCAUUCUUUAUGAAUUAGUUAGCAAGCGUAAACAUACAUACUUAUACAUGCGAAUCAUAACAAACAUAAUGUAAUAACACUUUUAAACAUAAAUAAUUUCAUUAUUGUUACAUGAGUUAACCAUUUACUACUUUGAAUUCUUGCACAGAUUAGGACAGAGGGUUUUAACAAAACAUAUAAAGCAUCCUCAAGGCUGCAAUUACUUCUAUUGCUUUUUCUUUUUAAAUUUACUUGCAAUUAACACUAAAUAGAGCAUUGAGAAUGAUGAUGUAAUGUGUGUGUUGAUAGCCCGAGGGUACUUGUUUUACAAUCUUUGCGCGGGAGGCCGACAUCUGGAUAUACAUCUCAGUUUUUUCUCCCGAAGGACAUGUGGCUGCCUUAAUUGCACUUUCUCAUUAACGUUUCUCGAAGCUUUCUUCUAUUAAACUCCAACAUAUUUUCCUUUUAAGACUCAGUAGAAUGGGGCACGCACAUCUGGCCCUGACCUCGUCUGUCUCUGCCUGUCCUCUGAUAGGCGAUCCUCUCCACGCAGACAGGCUGAGGAAACAUUGCGUACAGUACACCGUGUCCUCUCGGUCCGUCUCUCUGUCUGCAUGUGGGACUGCACAGACCUAUUGCCACUGGGCUUUCUCAGACUCCAAAGUCCAAGGAGUGGUUAUAAUUUGUGACCCUAUUUGGAAGGGACAAUUAUACAAGGUGCUGAAUAUACAUGAGUUCCCUGUUUCACCACUCCACAGCCGCUCUUUGAGUUAUAUCAGCUUCCCCUUUGAAAGAAAGUGAAAAGUGGCCUGUGAAUGGUUUUAACACAACUGUAUAGCUUGACUAAAUUUAUGUGCAUAUUUACAUAUGAACGCAGCGUAGCUGGAUGUCAGACUGCGCAGAUGUCACGUCUGUAGCAAUCAAUCCAGGUUUCAAUAGUGUUGCCCCAAGUGAAAACACAAAGAGGGUGGAGUGAGCGUUAAAGAUCUGCAGAGUGCAUUCACUACCAAGCAGAAGUGGUCCAUGUCCUGUUUCUAUUCAUCUUCCUAUUCAUGCUUGGAACACAGUGUUUAGGGUCCUGUGUGGGCGCCUAUAGGUAGUGUACAGUCCACAAUUUAACCAGGAUAAAUGAAAGAAAUGCUUAAUUUUGUUAUACGAUCUCCAGUAUCUGUAUUCUACACCGUGGUUUUGUAAAUGAAAGUUGCCGUACAUAUUAGAUCAGUUGUUAUUCUAUUAUUGCCUUUGAGAUUUACAUAUCUCUUGCUUGAGACAGAGCUUGCUGUGUGGAAAUAGACACACUGAUUGAAUUGUGAUCCGAGUCAUUCCUGUGGUCUUGUUGAAGGAGAAUAAUAUAAUUUGUUUGGCUUGUAGAGAUCAGUGGAAGGCAGGCUGAUGAAACUUCCUCAGGCUAAUAAUAUGAGUAACUUGGUCGAAACGCGGCCCUGGUCACUGCGAUCUCUUACUUAGAGGUGUUAGACAGACGUUUCUUUACUGGGAUUUUGCGAGUGGCUUUACAAGGAAGUAAGCGAUACGUUUGACGUUUUCUUUUCGAACAACAUCAAACAGAAAACUUUUUUUGUAGUUGACAACAUUUCACCAGCAUGAUCAUCAUAAGACUCGGAUUGUAUUAUGAAGCUUUGGAGAUGUCAGGCACCACAGGGCAGAGAGGGAUUGACAGUUGGCAAAAAACACAAACAGUUUAAGGAAAUGUAUGACAAAAUAAAAUAAAUAUAAGUAAAUUCUGCAGUUAAUGCAUGUAUGAUUUAUACAUCUACUGGUAGAAUUCGGUUGAAAUAUGUCUGUUUUCUCACAUGAAGGAAUAUUUAAUGCUCAUUCAUGUCGCCGUUUGAGUUUGAUACACUUUCCUUCAGCCAAUGACCGCCAAUGACUCAUCUGAAAUCCACCCGUGGGAAAUUAGUCGUUGCUCCAUCGUCAUCUUGCAGGUGACAAAGGAUUCGCUUUAAUGCUCAGCGGAGGAGCCUGCUGGAGUCUGUGGGAACUAUUCUGUGUUUGGAUGACACUGACAGCGAUACUUAGCAGGGUGCCUGUCAUCCAGUUAAUUCCAGAUCGUGCUGACAAGGCCAGAAGUGCGUGUGCAUGCACAUAUGCGAGCGUGUGGCGAACCGCACACAUCGACAUACACACGAGCAAACAAAAACACAAGCGAGCACACAAACACACACCAGGGGACGGCCCAUCGAGGGCCCAGCUCCCUCCAGUGUUGUUCCCAGUUGCCGGUGACUUGGGUCACACAGCUGCAAAAAGAUGUGGAAGGUGGAGAGACGGAGAGUUUUAAAAGGGAGGAAUGGAUUGAAAGAAGGAGGUGGUAACAUUAGAGUGAGGCGUUCUUUAGAGAAAAAUAAAGGUAAGGAAGGAAAGAGGGAAUAAGGUAUAAUGUUAUACGUGGCUGAGGGUCAGUUGAGAAAAGAGUUUCUUCCUGUUUCUUUCAUCUGUUUAACUCGAACCAAAGACUAAGUGAUUUCAUUAGUUGUUUCAAGGAAGAAUUCAUUCAUAAAAUGACUUAUUUGACAUGAUGAUCCUGUUGCUUCUUGUCAUCCCCUUACUCCACUUACCUGUUUUCGUCUGUCAUUUGACCUUUUGAAAAACGAAUGCAGACUGUUUAUUGUUUUGUGCUGUAAAGCAAUUAAGUGGUUAGACUAUAAAGAUGCUCAGCCAGAGUUUAGCAGUUCUAUUCACUUAGCACAUAGCAAUUUAAAGACUAAUGCAGACUGUUUAUUGUUUUGCGCUGUAAAGCAAUUAAGUGGUUAGACUAUAAAGAUGCUCAGCCAGCGUUUAGCAGUUCUAUUCACUUAAUUCACAGUGUUGAGGCUUGUGGAUUCCCUCAAAAAUGAGAUGCUCCACCUCAAGUGGCUAUCGUUUCAAUACAUUCUAAUUCAAAGCCUUCACUUAGCAGAUAUAUUUACGUACAGCACAGAUGCUAGCAACCUUCUUAGUGACAUCCUUUUUGCUUAUAAUGAUAAUACAUUAUCAAAACCGUUUUUGUUAUCAGUUGACCUAAGAAAUCGCACAUGCAGCACAUUUUAGCUCAACAGGUGAUAUGGUCUGCAAGAAAAAGAAAACCUGCCAACUUAGAUCUGAUAGCGCGGUAUCACCCAUUGCUUUGAUUCUAUAGUAUGCCAGCUUUACAGCACUUACGGUAGAUUUCCAUUUCUCAGCGCCAUGACAGUCUGAGGGCUACUCAGGUUAGAAAUAGAUACACACAACCACACCAAAUACGACAGCUGAGGUAUACAGUACACUAAAGUAGCAUAGGCAGAUGAAUACAGACAGAUGACACUGAACUCUGUAACCUUUUGUUCUGGGACAUGAUCCGGUCAACAGUGUAUUAAUCACAGGUGCCAUGCAAAGUUGUAGGCAUUGCCACUUCUUUGGAUCUGAGCAUGUUUCGUAAGCAAAAGCUAUACCCUGUUUUUUACUCCAGAAAUAUACACACAGAUUUAGCCAAUAACAUAGUCCACUGCUAUUUAACAUGACAUGGCCAAUUGCGUCCACAACCUAUGACCUUAUGUAGAGCAUCCACAGAGCCAUUAGUGAGAGCACUUAACUGCUUAUCCUGAGAGUCCUAUGACUUAUAUUUCAUAGCUGACAAUCUUGCGCACACGUUUGCAAUGAACAAAUGGUAAUCUUAUGCGCUAUGGGGGCUAGACCGUACUGUUAUUUAUUUUUGGAGGGAUGCUGGGUUGGGAUGUGAAUGUGGCCUGACAUGGGUUCACUAUGCUGCCAUUAUCCCGAGUGCACUCAUCUGGGUCUUGGCUCUAUUUCAGUAUUUUCAUAGUAAAUCUAGCCAGAACAUUCUCCCCGUUAUAGCACAAGGUAAAUCUUUACAUUAUGGCCUGAAGCUGUCUGGCUUCUGCUGAAUCACAGCCUGGUGCCAGAUGCUGCCAAGUCCCCAAGCUUGUUAACUGCAAUAUACUGCACACAGCACCAUUAGCUACUGUACUGCUUGUCCUGCUGUAAACUGCUAUUAGUUUCAGUGAAGGCUACUGUUAAUGAAUUUAUUAUCACCUCGUACACAGUGAAAUUAAGUAGAAAUUAAGCAUUUAAGUGGCCAUUUUUCAUCUGGGGAAAUUGAAUCAAGGCAAGUGAGGAGCAGUUCCUGCCUUGUCUUCUUGGUGGUAAUGAACAGAGUUUAGCAUGUCACCCAAGCAGAAUUUAGUAAUAGCAAUUGAGAUGCUCCAUAAAGGGACAAAUGAGUUACAGUUCCUCACAGAUGCAGAAAAGUACAAAACACACACCGACACACACCUGCUUGUGCUGUCCUCUGAUUUUCUAACAGCUGCCUUUAUGGAUAUACAGGAGAAUGAAUGCUUCUAUGUUUUCUAUGCAAAUCAUGAUUAAAACCCUUCUGUAGCUAAGUACAGCCUAAUAGAAAUUGGUCUUUUGGUGCCUGUAAUUUAGAGUAAUGUUGAGUAUGUGACAUAAUGUUUUAACUUUUAAAGCCUUAAACCAUCAGCCUUGAAACUUGGUUUUACAGGAUGUUUGACAUCGAAAUUAUAUGAGAGCAAAAGUCACAGUCACAGCCUCGUUCAUGUGCUCCCUUUCUUCGGAGAUUCAGGGAAAUACAUUUCUGUGAACGGCUGUUCCGGGCAAGUAACCCUGAAUAAUGAUCGUGAGCAGUGAUUGUUAGAAACUGAACUGAGUGAACCUGAAGUUCAACCGCUAUGACACAUUUUGUUGACUUCAGAGGGCACAUGAUGAUAUUUACCCGGCCAAAUUAUCGAUAAUAUUUAAUUAUACAUUACUAUGAAUCUCAUUUUCUUUCAUGAAUAUCCAUAUUCUUCUAAAGGUUAUACUGUAGUAGACUUGCUUCUAUAAAGCCCCCGAAAGUCAUUGCUUGACAUUUAGUUUAUUAUGCUUUUGUCUUCAGAAUUUUUACUGCUUUGGCACAAAGGAUUACUUUAAUUCCUAUCUAGUGAUAAAUGCCAAUAUGCAAAUGCUACAACCCAAAGGAUACAUUUUCGAAAAGACAACAUGCAGAAACUGGUUUUACACAACUUUCUGUCAUGUAACACCACACUCGUCUGUGAGUGUUAUCUGUACAGAAUAUCAAAUGUCAAAACCUUGCACUUGCCAAAAAGAGGGAUUUAAUGCAGACUAGAGACUCGAGAACUGUCAAACGUCGAAUUGUCAAACUUGAAAGCAGCUUGCAAUUAAUCAUGGCGAGAGCGGCUCACUUUUGCUGUUACACCUUUAGCAGCAGCAAUAGCUCUCCAAACAUCACUAGAUUAAUUACAGCCCUCAUGACAAAAGAGGUUUACUGGAACUGACAAACCCACUUAAUCACAGUUUCAAAGCGUUUACGGGAUACACACGCAAAUCUUAAAUGUUACGAAAGAUGCCACUGAACUCAUUCAUCUGCCUCAGUUUGAUUUUACAGACGUGGUCCAACAAGUUCUCUGUGGUGGAGCUCUCCAAAUCAAUUCCAUAUAAGUGAGCAUACAAGCAAAACAAAUCUGGUUCCGGUCGGAAAAGGUCAUUACAUGGAGAACAAGUUUGUUUCACAUGACGCAACAAUGGCUCAACUAUGUGUUUUAUUACACAUAUUACCUCUGAUUAAAUGAGGUAUGGAGAUAGGCAUUGUCCCUUUCAGGUAAACUCAGAGAAAGAUCUUUUGCUUUGUCUGCCCAAAACAGAAACUCCAGCAGUGUUGAGAUGAAACGAUUCCCUUUCAGGAAACUGCCAUUUUCAUUGUGACUCCGGGGCAUUGCGUUCAACUGGAUUGGAGACACAUCAUACGAGUGCUAGUCAGAGCAUGGCACUCACAGUUAUGGCUGGAUAUCCAGAGGUAUCGCCAGCCCUCAAUGGUCUCUUUGUGCUUUGAGAACACAGUUGCUGAGAACAAAACAGCAACAGAACAGCGAACAAACAGUCAGACGACUCCUGCCUCUUGAGCAGCCCCUUCAUUUGGAAGCCAAGAUGGGACACAGUCAGACGCGUCCCACUGAAGUCGCACAUGUUGGGGCUAUGCCACCUUCUCCCAGGACGCUGUGCGCCCUCCGCCUGGCCGAACCGCCCCACAGAUUCUGCUGCCACUACCAGCACUUCAGCUAUCCGGAGAGAGCUAUGAGUUACUUGCCCCCUUACUCACCGAGUCUGUUCAAGAGGCCAGAUCGGCGUGCCUCUGGUGCUAGCGUGGUGGCCAUCGACAACAAGAUCGAACAGGCGAUGGAUCUUGUCAAGAACCACUUGAUGUACGCGGUGCGUGAGGAGGUGGAGAUCCUCAAAGAGCAGAUCAAAGAGCUGGCGGAGAAGAACAACCAGCUGGAAAGGGAGAACUACCUGCUGAAGAACCUGGCCAGUCCAGAGCAGCUGGAGAAGUUCCAGUCUCGCAUCCCGGCAGACGUGCUGCUACCCCUGGACAAUCUGAGCGCCCAGGUGACCGCAGACCUGCAGCAGCCCUGCAUUCACAGCACUGGCUCUGCUGUAUAAGUGGCUCUGCCUUGGGGCGGGCAGAGCCACUGUCUCUUUACAGUAAUGGACCUCCAUUUUGAACGUAAGCGUUACAAAAAAUCGCAGCCGCCGAGAACCCUUCGCAAACAACGAAGGUGAAGCAUCGGGGCUGUAAAUGACCGAUGGGACACAAAAGAACCGUUGGGCACAAAAACAGAACUUAAGACGCUCUGACCGGUGCGGUGUCAGGCCCGGGCCUCCGAUACCGUCCAACUCUUUGUCGUAGUCUCUCUGUGUAGACAAAAGCGCUGAGAAUAGAGAGAGGGCUGACUAUGCACCGACGAGCGCUUGCUUUCAGACGGCAGGGGGGGCUUCCCCUGCCUAGCCCGAACCCGUCCAACAAACACCCUUUGCUCCAGAGAGGGUGGUGAGGAGGUGUCGAUCAGGCUGGCCCUGCAGGUGCUAACUUGGAAAGUGUUGGGGAGGUUGCUCCCCGGUCCUCCACGUCUCAACAAGAAGAGCCCCGUCGUGUGGAUUUGUCGUCUUCCCCCCCCCCCCCUCGGCCACAUAACGAGGACUUUCCCUGUGCCUAAAAUGUAUUGCUCGUGUGUUCAUGUACAUCUAAGCAUAACAAGAAUAAUCAUCAGGAUAAGCUAAGGCAACAGAGGUGGAGGUUAACGCAGUACAGCCGGUUAGAGCUGAUGGAGUCAGCUCUAACCGGUCACACUGGUCAGUGUGAUGCAGUACACUGACCAGUAUGCUGACAUAAUUCAUAAAAUGUAAUCUUGCAUUGCCAAACAGUUGGGGCUUGCUGCUUAUGGGGGAAAUUAAUCCUGCUAUAUUUUGGGUUUUUGUUUGUGAUUCUGAACAAAAAUCAGUUGUUUGUAAAAUAGGAUCAUUGUGCAGUGGUCUUAAAAGACUUUUUUUUUUUUUUUUUUUUGUAAUCUUGGGGGACAGGCAUAUGUGCCCACUUUGUCUGCCUAGCGCCUCACAGUAAAGGGUAACUACAAUGUACAUAAAGUUGAAACGUCCUGAGGUGAACCAGCAUUUGUUGCUGCAGAUGCACUCCUGAUUUUAGCAGCAUCGUCCAGUAUCUGGUCUGUUACUUGCUCAGGCGCCAACUGGAAAACGAUGGCAUGACAACAUUGCCUGCCCGUAGUAAGAGAGGAACACAUCUCCACACUGAACUCUGUUGUUGUUGUUUUCUAGCUACCAAAGACUUUUUGCCCUUUUUUGUUUUGUUUGUUUGUUUACUCACAACAACUGAAGCCACGCAAACCAGGACCAUGUGUAAAACGUCACAGGGAGAAGACUAUUUUGUAGCUAGUGCUAAAGUUUGUAUGUGUUUUGUAAAGAUAACGGUAUUGUUGCUGUAAAGUAUCCUCGGAAAAGUUGUUCACUAUGGUGUUUGGAUACAACUGCACAUUUGCAAUAAACCUUAUGUUUACAUAAUACAGUA